UUUCCCCUUUGGACCAUUUUGGCUUUGUGGGGCCUCUCUCUCUCUCCCCUCUCCGCCUCCCUCUCUCUGCAAGUGUUAUUUAUCUCUCUAAAAACAACUCUCUCUCUCUCCUCAAACAUUAUUAACUUGCGUUGCGGCGGGAGAGAAGGAAGUGAAGGAGUGGAAGUUAACAAUUCCUCUGCUUAUACUAAUUUAUUUGAGUUCCGGGGUCGUUAACGAGUUCUCAUUGAUUUGAUACAUCACGAAGCAUUUACGUGAAGGACUACAUUUUCCUCUAACCCGAGCCAGUCAUGAGUAUUGGAGGGGAAAAAAAUGCGUGGAGACUUCCUGGCAGAACUGAUGCAUAUCAUGCAUCUAGUGAUGCCAGCUUGUUUUCUUCGUCGUUGCCUGUCCUUUUGCAUGGGAAGCUUAACUUUAAUGGGUCCAAUCCAAGUGGUCUUUCGUUGGAUGAUGGCUUUCCGAGCCUUAGCAAACUACAACUACGAGAUGAGGCAUUGGAUCCACUCAAAGAAAUUGAUGAUCCGAGUAUGACGGGGACUUUUCUCCCUGGUGACGAAGAUGAACUUUUGGCUGGUCUUAUGGACGAUUUCGACCUCUCUGGCUUGCCGACUCAACUUGAGGACUUGGACGAUGAUUUCUUUGGAAGUGGAGGGGGAAUGGAAAUCGAACCUGAAAAUCAAGAAAGUUCAGUCAAUGGAAUACCGAGGAUGAGUACUGACACUAUUGGCAUUAGUAGCAUUACACAAUUUGGUUUUGCAAAUGGUGCUGCUGGAUCCGUCAGUGGAGAACAUCCAUACGGAGAGCACCCUUCGAGGACGUUGUUCGUUCGUAAUAUCAACAGUAAUGUGGAAGAUUCUGAACUGAAGUCUCUCUUUGAGCAAUAUGGAGAUAUCAGAACUCUUUAUACUGCAUGUAAGCAUAGGGGAUUUGUGAUGAUAUCUUACUAUGACAUCAGAGCUGCUCGAAGUGCAAUGCGUGGCUUGCAAAAUAAGCCCCUGAGGCGAAGGAAACUCGACAUCCAUUUUUCAAUCCCAAAGGACAAUCCGUCCGAAAAAGACGUGAAUCAGGGAACUUUAGUGGUGUUCAAUUUGGAUGCUUCUGUAUCCAACGAUGACCUUCGCCAAAUUUUUGGCGCUUAUGGGGAAGUGAAGGAGAUAAGGGAAACGCCACAUAAGCGACACCAUAAGUUCAUCGAGUUUUAUGAUGUUAGAGGUGCAGAUGCGGCCCUGAAGGCUUUAAACAGAUGUGACAUAGCUGGAAAGCGCAUAAAGCUUGAACCUAGCCGGCCCGGUGGUGCUCGUCGCAGCUUAAUGCUGCAACUGAGCCAAGAUCAAGAAUUAGAUGAAACUCGAGGCCUCCGACACCCUAUCGGUUCACCCAUCGGCAACUCUCCCCCAGGUAUUUGGCCGAAUUUUGGCAGCCCGGUCGAGCAAAACUCGUUGCACGGUUACAGCCAGUCACCUACUUUAGGUGGGCUCAGCCCUGUAGGAAGCUCUCACUUGUCUGGUUUGGCUUCGAUUCUUCCCUCUCAUGUAUCAAGUCCUGUGAAGAUUUCACCCAUCGGUAAAGAUACCGCGCGCAUAAGCCAUUCGAACCAGGUAUUCCCUAAUGGCACGCACGGAGCAGCCUAUCAGCAACACUUUUCUGUUCCGGACCCGAUGAUAAAUUUAAGUCCUGGAGCUACUUCAUCAUUUAGUGAUUCCAAGCCAUCCAGUGUCGGAACUCUUUCCGGUCCUCAGUUUCUGUGGGGAAGUCCCACUAUCCACUCCGACCAUGUGAAUUCUUCGGGGUGGGCAUCUUCGCAGAAAGGCCAUCCGUUUCCAUCUAGAGCACCGGGAGUUGGUUUCCCAUACACCACUCAGCAUGGCUCUUUCCGCGGUUCGCAUCAUCUUCAUGUUGGAUCUGCUCCGUCUGGUAUUCCGAUGGAAAGACAUUUUGGUUUUUUUCCCGACUCCCCUGAGCCUUCGUCUUACAUAAACCAGGCAGCGUAUGGAGUUCCGAAUUUUAGCCACACUAAUGGGAAUAGAGUCCCCGUGUCUAUCAACCUAGGCGUUGCGUAUGCUGGAAAUUUUGCUGAAAGUGGUUCUCCUAGUUCCCGAAUGAUGCCAAUGUCCAGAAAUGGCCCUUUAUAUUUUGGAGGAAUGGGAUCUGCUAGCAACGAUGGAACAAUAGAUCGUGGUCGAAGAAGGGGUGAUAGCGGAAGCCAAAUGGAUAACAAAAGGCAAUACCAACUUGAUUUGGAAAAGAUCAGAAAUGGUGAAGAUUCUAGGACUACUUUGAUGAUUAAAAACAUCCCGAACAAGUACACUUCGAAGAUGCUUCUCCUAGCUAUCGAUGAAACGCACAAGGGUGCAUAUGAUUUUCUCUAUUUGCCAAUUGACUUUAAGAAUAAGUGCAAUGUUGGAUACGCCUUCAUCAACAUGGUUUCUCCUUUUCACAUUAUCUCCUUCGUUGAGGCAUUUAAUGGCAAGAAAUGGGAAAAGUUCAACAGCGAAAAAGUUGCUUCGUUGGCAUAUGCAAGAAUCCAGGGAAAAGUUGCUCUCGUUUCACAUUUUCAAAACUCAAGUUUGAUGAAUGAAGACAAGCGUUGUCGACCAAUUCUCUUCCAAUACGAGGGCCAAGAACCUGACGAUAUGGCGGCCUUCUCGUCCAGCAAUCUGAACAUUUUUGUUCGCCAGCCAGACGGAUCUUACAUAGGGGACUCCCUCGACAGCCCAAGGAGCGACCCAGAGGAGAAGCUGUACGGAAGCUAACAUGCUCGUGGAGCAACCGACUCAAAUAACACUUUUCGUGGUAGAGUAUGUGUUCGACUCUUGUACAGUUUUUGCGUUUAUUUAAGUGUUCCGUGUUCUUCACUUCAGUGUCCACUUUUUGUGAUGGAUGCUCGAUCCUCGGAGGCGAAAAACUAAAAAAAGACAUAAGUUAAUGGUUUAACAGUGGGAGAAGAAGCUGUCAAUUGCAUUUUCCAAUCUAAUCUUUGUUUUGUGUUGGUCUUCCUUUCUGGCUAUAUGUAUAGAACUUUCUAGAGUUGGCUGAGAUUCUGAAGAAAAUGUAUAGCUCAGUUGCUCCUCUUAUGUACUAAGGGAAUCAUAAAUUUAUGACAUUAAUCUUGUUACUUAUUA